GAAGUCUACGGAAAUUCCCCGGCAGGUUAAAGCGGCGCGUGCGCGCAUGAGCCGCAGACUGACUUGACUCUGGGCUCCUCAGGAAAGAAAGUGUGUCCCUCAGAUCAGGAAGUAGAAAUCUGUGGUGUGAUCCGCGAGCGUCCGCCAAACUCAUCCAAACCAAAAGCAUCAGAGGCGGGCGCCGCUUUAGUCCACGGUUUACACUACAGGACAUAUCACGUAUUCAACAUGUGACAAACGAAUGGAUGGAUGUCAUGCAAUCUGUUCCUGAAGGGGCAUUUUAUGUAUCUUCGGUCCAUGAAGACGUCUUGCGAAUGACACUGCAGCUUUCAGCCUGAAAUAUGUCGUCGUACUGGUACGUCAAAGAGACUGCAGAUCCGGGCGGCAGCACCAGCAGCAUGGAGGAGCAAGCUGGCGUUCCAGAGAUGGGAGCCAAGCAGUCGGCGGUUGGCAGCGUUCCCUUGAGUCAUUCUCCCACUCUGAAGAACAUCCAAGAGGCCUAUACACAAGCCGAGGGCCAGAGGGCACGUGAGCUAAUCCGGCUUUCCUGCGAGAAUAACGGCGGAGGGGGACCAGAUGGGGUAAGUCCGUGUGUCCGUAAGGAUCUGCUGAACUGGAUGUUGUCUACGGCAUGUCAGCAGGGUCAUCUGGAGGUGGUGAAGCUGCUGGUUCACACGUACAAUGCUGACGCCGAGGACUGCGCGGUUCAUUCAGGAGAGUUUGCCAUCAUCACUGGCUUGCCCCUGUACGCCGCCGCGCAGGCAGGAAAUAAGGAGAUCGCGUGUUUUCUGCUGAACAAUGGAGCCGGUUUCUCCUCGUACACGCUGAUGGAUCACACAGACUUCAGCAGGCAGAUGCUCAGACAGCGCCACCUGCAGGACAAAGACGCGCCUGCGGACGGGACGCUGCUGCAGCCUGUGAAGCUGAUGUGGCAAUAA